AAUGGCCACCGGGUGCUCUUGUCUGACUGCCUAGUGAGCUCCCGGUGGGUUCCUGCUCUGUCCCCGCUCAAGCGCAGCAGCAAGGUCACCAGGCCAGUGACAGCCAGGACGUCUCCGCUGGGCGACAACCCUCCUCCGGAAGAAUAACUUCACAGGCUGGAAAACUUUGUCUAGCUCUGAAAGUUGAGAGCUACCCCAGAGGUGAUACAGACGCGCGUCGCAGCCGCGGGGUGGAUCAAAGCUAUCAGCUAGCCUAAGACCUUCAGAAAUCCUAGUUUCCACUACGGACCUAGCUCUCAGGUGUUCUGGCUGUCGCGCCUCCCCGUCUUGGCCCUCCCCUUGGGAUCUAGCCGCAGGCCAGCAUCCUCCUCCCUCUUGGUCCCGGGCAGCCGCAGCUAUAAGCUGGAGGUUCCAGGCCGAAUUCGCUUUCUGCCAGGGUAUCCAACAGCCGACACUAUGCGCUCCUUCUGCUGCGGGAGUAGAUAAAGUUUCCAGAGGACUCUCCGCGGUUCCCGCGGGACGAACCCCGGGGCCGGAUCGGACACUGUCAUGGAGCCCUCGGGAGAACAGCUACAAAGAUCCGAGGCGUCCAGCUCUAAGUCUUCCGGAGACCCGCAAUCCGCGGAGGAGCUGUCGGUCCCCGAGGUCCUUUGCGUGGAGAGUGGCACCUCUGAGACCCCGAUCCCUGACACUCAGCUCCAGGACAGGCCCCUGUCGCCGCAGAAAGAGGCAGAACAGGAGGAGCUACAGGAAUUUCGCCGCUCUCGUGCGCGCUCCUUCUCUUUGCCCGCAGACCCCAUCCUGCAGGCAGCCAAGCUCCUGCAGCAGAGGCAGCAGGCGGGACAGCCCAGCUCAGAGGGUGGCGAGCCGGCUGGGGACUGCUGCUCCAAGUGUAAGAAGCGCGUGCAGUUCGCCGACUCCCUGGGACUGAGCCUGGCCAGCGUGAAGCACUUUAGCGAGGCCGAGGAGCCUCAGGUGCCCCCGUCCGUACUCUCCCGUCUCCACAGCUUCCCACUGCGCGCCGAGGACCUGCAGCAGCUCGGGGGGCUGCUGGCAGUGGCAACGAUGCCUGAUCCCCUCUUGGUACCCUGCACCCAGCUCCAACCCCACUUCCAGCUCCCGGAGCUGCUCGCUGCGGAGGAGCGUCUGCGGCGACAGCGAGUGUGCCUGGAGCGUGUGCAGUGCUCCCAGCCGCCCCGCGCCGAGGUGACCGGCUCUGGCCGGGUGAUCAGUUGCCCUGGACCCAGGGCAGUGGCGGUGCGCUACACUUUCACGGAGUGGCGUACCUUUCUGGACGUGCCGGCCGAGCUGGACCCGGAGUCACUGGAGCCUCUGCCCCCAUUGCAGUCGGGGGACUCUGGAUCAAAGGCUGAGGAUAGUGAGGAGGGGCCGGGCACCGAGCGUUUCCACUUCUCGCUGUGCCUGCCCCCGGGUCUGCAGCCCAAAGAAGGGGAGGAUGCUGGCGCGUGGGGAGUCGCUAUUCAUUUUGCCGUCUGCUACCGCUGCGAACGGGGGGAAUACUGGGACAACAACGAGGGGGCCAACUACACCUUGCGCUAUGUGUGCUCCACAGACCCGCUCUGAGUUCGGGAACUUUGGAACUUGGAAAGAGGUUGGCCAGCAAGCAAGGGCUCCCGGGGAUCCUUAGCUGAGCAACGCCAAUUUCGCAUUGACAGAGCUUGGAGCGAUAGGAGCAAAAUGUUAAACCAUACAUUCUCAGCGCAGAUUCCCAGCAAGCUCUGGCAGUGUUCUCAGUGUUCUUCUCAUCACUUCCACUGACCUUUCUACUCGAAUCUUAGAAUUCUCAGCCUGCAUCCAAAUAAGGAACAUCGUCCUUUCCCAGGGAGAGGCUCUCUCCAAGAAAAGGGCUCUGGGACCCUGAACCUGUGACCUUGGGGAUUUGUUUCUAACUUGAGACUUGGUCCUUACACCUUGAUGAAAACCUGCAGGAGAAAGUCAAGGCAGCCCACCUCCACGUGGAAGCUUCACAGCCAGGCUUGAUUUUCAGAAGGCUAGGAGGGCGUCAGCUUGUCCUUUUAACUAGGCUCUGGAAACACCUGCCCAGAUUCGAUGUAUUUUCUUCCGUGAUUGGAUACAAAUGUCUUUUAAGAAAGUAAAGGCCGCGUGAACAUGUGUCCUCUCUGUGCUUCAUGUUUUACCUUCCGAGGUUUUGGGGCGUCCGUUGUAGUCAGAGGAUUCUCGGCUGAUGACACGGCAGUGUGACAAUUAUGAAAGAACAGUACUAACACAUUUUCUCAUGACACGGAAUAGUCCAAGUUCCCCACACUGGGAAUAAAACUCCUUAAAAUGUUUUGUAAAAAG